AUGUAUAAACUGGUCAUCAUCGCCGCGGUUCUUGGGCUUGCAGCCGCCAAGCCACAAGUCUACAGCCCUGUGGUCAGUUCAGCAUUGGCUUACUCCGCACCAGUUUCCUAUGCUGCCCCAGCUGUCUCUUACUCCGCUCCUGCUGUCUCCUACGCUGCCCCAGCUGUGUCUUACACUGCCCCUGCGGUGUCUUACGCUGCCCCAUCGGUUUCUUACACUGCCCCUGUCUCUUAUAGUGCCCCAGUAGUAUCCUACUCUGCUCCUGCUGUGUCGUACUCCGCUCCAUCAGUUUAUGCUAAGCCCGUUGUCCACUCCGUAUACUCCUCCCCCCUGGCUUACUCUGGAUAUGCUGCAGCUCCAAUGAUCGUCUCCGCUGUUCUGGCACUAGCUGCCGCCAAGCCAGACAUCAUCGCUCCACUGAGCUACACCGCCAAUACUGUGGCUGUACACGAGCCUGUGCCCGUGGCCCAUGCUCUGCCAGUGGCAGCCCAGGCCGUGCCUGUAGCUCCGACAUGGCGAUAUGCUGCUGCACCGGCCAUAGCUACCCCGACCAUAGCUGCAUCCGCCAUUGCAACACCUGUCAUAGCCACUCCUACUGUUCGCGUGGCGGCUCCUGCACUUAAUAUCGGUGGUCCAGCCAUCACUGCCCCCCUCGCCUACCCUGCUCCACCCUUCUCUUCUCCCGUUUGGUCUGCAUACGCCGCUGCCGUCGCCCCUCUGCCAUACGGAUACAAUUACGGUGUCAAUUACCCUUCUUACUACUGGAAGAAACCGACAGUUUACUAUAUCACAAUGUUUAAAUUGUUAUUCGUCACUGCCAUCCUUGGGCUUGCUGCCGCCAAGCCCAGCGUGUUGGAAUAUUCAUCUGGAUAUGGAUCUUAUGCACCAGCAGUAGCUUAUUCCACGUCAGGAUCGUCUUACACCCCAUCGGUGUCUUAUGCGCCAUCUGCGUCUUACACACCAUCCGUGUCUUACGCCCCGUCCGUGUCUUACGCUACCCCGUCAGUAUCUUACGCUGCCCCGUCAGUGUCUUACACUGCCCCAGCAGUCUCUUACUCUGCUCCAGCUGUAGCGUACUCUACGCAAUCUGUAUCCUACCCUGCUCAAUCAGUUUCUUAUCCUGCUUCAUCAGUAUCUUACCCAGCUUCAACAGUAUCUUAUCCUGCCCCAUCUUACACGGCCCAAGCAGUCCGUUAUUCUGCUCCUGCUAUCCGGUAUGCCGCUCCCGCUGUUGCUGUCGCUGCCCCAGCAGUAGCUGCCCCUGUUGUAGCUGCCCCAGCCGUGGCUACCCCAGCUGUAGCUACCCCAGCCGUAGCUGCUCCAGCCGUGUCGUACCCAGCCGCAUCAGUGUCAUACGCUAAACCCGUCGUAGCCUACCCUGCUGCGGUUGCUCCUGUAGCCUACUCUAGCUACUCGGCCCCUUACGCCUAUUCUAGCUUCGGUUAUGGAGGCUACGGCGCCGGUUACUCUCCACUGGCGUACUCUACCUAUUCUGGAUAUGGACUCGGCUACGGAUACUCCGCUCCUUUCGGGUACUGGAAGAAACGUUAAAAUUCUAGCUUGAACUAGUAACGAGAUUGACUACUAUCUUCGUCUAUUCGAUGUUUUGAGACUUUUGUUAUAUUUUUGUUAAUUUUAUUUUGAGUUUUAUCUUUUGAAAAAGAACUUAACAAU